GGCCAAAUGCAUCGACGAUCUCCAAGCGCUCACGGAUCUGUGCAAGACGCACGCGCUCAGCAUCAUCCGCUACCAGGCGCAGAGCGAUGUCGAGGAUACGAUGCGCCUAAACAAAGCUUUCUUGGUCGAUUUGGCGACCCUGACGCCGCGCGCGCCCGCGCCGCCCCUCGCCGAAGCCGCCGAGGGCCACGCGCCUGAGCUCUCGAAGCACGAGCGGGCGAGUUGGGCGAACGCCGCGAAACAGGCGAUGAAGCACUGCUACAUGCACAAGGACGCCGAGAAGCUGGCUCCCGCGACUGCCGCCGCCGCCCGCGCGCUGCAGCAACAUGGCCGCGAGGGGGCGCCGACUCUGCCGAUUGAUGCUCGGCCGUUGGCGGCCCCCGCCAGCAGCGCGCGCGGGCCCGCGCUGCGCGGCCCCCCGAGAGCGAGCGAGAUCGCCGGAGUGUACGGGCACAGCGACACCCUGCGCACGCCGACCAAGAGGGCGUCGGUUGCCCCGGGCAGCCCGAGCCCGAGCUCGAGCGCAGCCCUGAGCACGACGAGGAGGAGGUUGACGCGGAAGCAGUCGCUCGCGGACUCGCCGACGCCCCCCGCCGCCGAGAAAUCCCCGCCGAAGCGCACUAGCGUACGCGAGGUGGGCUGCAACCGAAAGUUGCUCAAGGAGGCCGACGGCGGCGGGGAACUCAGGGAGUUCGACUCGGCCCCAGGCGAGAAGGGGAUGCGCGCGGCCAUCCUCGCCGACGGCGCGACGCGGACGUCGGAGAUCAUCAGCGCCGACUUCGCGGCGCGGAAGAACCCGCCUGUGAAUGAGAAGCCAGCCAUUAAUAAGAUGAGCAAUGAGAAGCCUGCAGCGGCGACCGGCGCUGGGCGCGUCGAGGACGAGGACCUGCCCGUGGCAGACGAGGAGGGCGAGGGCAAGGCGAAGCCCGCGGCCGCCGAGCUUGAGGCGACGCCCGCGGCCGCCGAGCUUCCGAAGGCGAAGCCCGCGGCCGCCGACCCCGGCAAAUUCGCCGACGAGAAAGGCCGCGCGCUCGACUGCAAGACCGAGCAGCUCAACCGCGCGAUGCGCCACAAGAAGAGCCACUCCGCGGGGCUCCGCGCGAAGGGCGGCUCGCAGCUUAUGUCCUUCGGGGGGGGGGGGCGCUGCGCGGCCAGCAAGGAAUAUCUUUCGGACAUCGGCCGCCAGGUGAGGGGGGGGCUCAACGCGGGCAAGGUAGGCCUGCAAGAGGCGAAGGAGCAUGCGCUAUCCAAGCUAGUCUUCGAAUAG